GCUUGACAAAUUUAAAUGUUUUCUGCUUGAGUCUGACCCUUGGGCUCUGACCUGACCCACCCCCCACCCCCCCUGCUGUCACCCCCAAAGCUCCCCUUGGGCUGUGACCCCCGUGGGCUUGUUCCUUACAGAGAAGAGCCAGAAUUUUGUACUGGAGGCUCCAGGGCUGAAGCAAGGUUCUGGUGCUCCCCCCCCCCCCCCCCCCCAGCCCCUCCCGGGGGGGGGUACCGGUACCGGCAUGGUGCGGGGGGGGGGGGGGCAAACCCUGGGACCGACGGUACCCACGGGGAUGGCGGCAGCUCGGAGCCGCCGUUGAGAUGUCGCCGAUGCGGGGCCUCCUGGCACCGCAAAACGCUUUUCUGGACACCAUCGCUCGCCGCUUCGACGGGACGCACAGUAACUUCGUGCUGGGCAAUGCCCAGGUGCCCAGCGCCUUCCCCGUCGUCUACUGCUCCGACGGCUUCUGCGACCUGACGGGCUUCUCGCGGGCGGAGGUGAUGCAGCGCUGCUGCGCCUGCUCCUUCCUCUACGGCCCCGACACCAGCGAGCUGCUGCGGCAGCAGCUCCGGCGCGCGUUGGACGAGCACCAGGCCUUCAAGGGCGAGCUCAUCCUCUACCGCAAGAGCGGUGUCCCCUUCUGGUGCCUGGUGGACGUGGUGCCCAUCAAGAACGAGAAGGACGAGGUGGCCCUGUUCCUCGUGUCGCACAAGGACAUCACCAGCACCAAGAGCCGCUCGGGCGCCGACAGCGCGAGGGACACGGGCGGGCGCCGGCGGUUCAGCCGUGCCGGAGGGAAGGGCUUCAACGCCAGCCGGCGCCGGAGCCGGGCGGUGCUGUAUCACCUCUCGGGGCACCUGCAGAAGCAGAGAAAAAGCAAGCACAAGCUCAGAAAGGGUGUCUUUGGGGACAAGCCCUCGCUGCCCGAGUACAAGGUGGCCGCCAUCCGCAAGCCCCCCCUCAUCCUGCUGCACUACGGGGCCUUCAAGGCGGGCUGGGACGGGCUCAUCCUGCUCGCCACCCUCUACGUGGCCGUCACCGUCCCCUACAGCGUCUGCGUUGGCGCUGGCAGUGAGGAGGGGCUGCCAGCCGCCCGCGGCCCCCCCAGCGCCUGCGACCUGUGCGUGGAAAUCCUCUUCAUGCUGGACAUCGUCCUCAAUUUCCGCACCACCUUCGUCAGCAAGUCGGGGCAGGUGGUGCUGGACCCCCGUGCCGUCGCUCGCCAUUACCUGGCCGGCUGGUUCCUGCUCGACCUCGUGGCCGCGCUGCCUUUCGACCUGCUCGCCGCCUGCCAGGUCAACGUGUACGUGGGGGCCCAUCUGCUGAAGACGGUGCGGCUGCUGCGGCUGCUGCGGCUGCUGCCCAACCUGGACCGGUACUCGCAGUACAGCGCCGUGGUGCUGGCGCUCCUCAUGGUGGUCUUCGGCCUCCUGGCCCACUGGGUCGCCUGCGGCUGGUUCUUCCUGGGGCAGCGCGAGGUGGAAGGCAGCCCCACCGCCCUGCCUGAGAUCGGCUGGCUGCAGGAGCUGGCACGGCGGCUGGAGACCCCCUACUACCUGGCCAGGAGGAUUGCAGCACCGGGGGGGGCCGGGAACGGCACGGGGCCGGGGGCCAACUGCAGCGGGAGUUGGGGGCUGCUGGGGGGCCCCUCGCUGCGCAGUGCCUACAUCACCUCCCUCUACUUCGCCCUGAGCAGCCUGACCAGCGUGGGCUUCGGCAACGUCUCCGCCAACACCGACACCGAAAAGAUUUUCUCCAUCUGCACCAUGCUGGUCGGGGCGCUAAUGCACGCGGUGGUCUUCGGCAACGUGACGGCCAUCAUCCAGCGGCUGUACGCCCGCCGGUUCCUGUACCACAGCCGCACCCGCGACCUGCACGACUACAUCCGCAUCCACCGCAUCCCCCGGCCCCUCAAGCGCCGCAUCCUCGAGUAUUUCCAGAGCACUUGGGCGGCCAACAACGGCAUCGACACGGCCGAGCUCCUGCAGAGCCUGCCCGAGGAGCUGCGGGCCGACAUCGCCCUGCACCUGCACAAGGAGCUGCUGCAGCUGCCCCUCUUUGGGGGGGCCAGCCGGGGCUGCCUGCGCACCCUCUCCCUGGGGGUGCGCCCCGCUUUCUGCACCCCCGGCGAGCUCCUCAUCCGACGGGGCGACGCGCUCCAGGCGCUCUACUUCCUCCGCUCCGGCUCCAUGGAGGUGCUGCGGGACGGCACCGUCCUCGCCAUCCUCGGGAAGGGGGACCUGAUCGGCUGCGACCUGGGGGGGUCCCGGCUGGCGCGGGCGGACGUGCGGGGGCUGACGUACUGCGCCCUGCAGAGCCUGGGGCUGCCGGCGCUGGCCGAGGGCCUGGCCCUCGACCCCGAAUUCGCCCGCGCUUUCCGCCGGCAGCUCCCCCGAGAGCUCAGCUACGACCUGGGGGGUGCCCCCGAGGCUGAGUCGCGCCCGCCCACGCCGCUGCCCACGCUGGAGGAGGGGGCCGAGCCGCAGCCCCCCAGCCCUGGCCCGGCCCCCCCCAGCCCCCAGCCGUCCCCGCCAGUGGGGACCCAGCCCCGGCCCCCCCACGGCGGAGGCCCCCGCGCCCACCCCGAGCCCGGACGCCCCACGGCCCUGCAGCUGCACCCUUGGAGCAGCCCCCCCGACCUGAGUCCCAGGGUGGUCGACGGCAUCGAGGGGGAGGGCUGUGCCACCGACAAGCCCCUCUUCAACUUCCACCUCGACUCCUCCCUAGGGCCAGCUGGGGACGGGGGGCUGCUGGCCAUCCCCCCCGGCCCCUCGGAGCCGAGCAGCGCCGACACCAUUGAGAAGCUGCGGCAGGCGGUGGCCGAGCUGUCAGGGCAGGUGCUGCAGCUGCGGGAGGGGCUGCGGGUGCUGCGAGAGGCCGUGCAGCUCCUGCUGCUGCUGCCGCCCCCCCCCGCGCCCCGACGCCCCGGUGAUGGCCGCAGCCCUACAGCCGCUCCGUGUGGAGACGGGGGGGCCGGGGCUCUGCCUGCACCAGCCACCCCCCGACUGCACCCACAGCCAGCCCUGGGGCAGGGGCCCCCCCACCGCUCAAAGCGCGCCCUGGCUGUGCCCCAACCCCUUCUGGGGCUCCCCAGGGGGGCAGGAGGGGCAGCUGCAGGGGAGCCCCCCCUCAUGGCCGCCCGUCCCUGCCUCUUCGGGGGGCCAGGGCGUCCCCAUGCUGGAGCCCACCGUGCCCUGGGAUGUGCCCAGCCUGGAGCUGGCGCUGAUGGGGGGGUCCCAGAGGCAGGGGCCCCCCUCGUCCCAAGAGGAGGGGACGGGCAUGUAACGGGACCCCCAGGGUGACUUUUUCAAUAAAAAAGUAAUGUUAA